CACAAACUCAAUUGUUCAUGCUGAAAUCUUGCUAGUCACGGAUCCGUUUCCUAGUUCAUGUGGGACGUUAGCUGUCCGAGGCAAUUGAUAUGAAUAUCCCUUUAAUUUAUUUUAUGACAUCAUGUGUUUGUAUCCAACCCAGAGAUGGCCAAUCCGAAUCUGACCGGGUCACCUUCCACAAGCAAUUCGUGUCCUCAAGUCUAUUUAAACCUCUCCUCUCUGGAGUCUGUAACCUGUAGCGCCCGUCUCCUUGAAUCUAUUUUCACGGAAAACAAAAAAAAAAAAAAAAAAAAAAGGGAAUCCCUCGUACGUUUCUUUGAUAGAUAAACAGUCUGUGGCAUCUGGGCAACUAUAUAUUCAAAUACUCUCUGCAACUUCCCAAAAACCAGCAUUUACUCUCUUCAAUCUCGAAUUACCCAGUCUUUCUUUAGUUCUUUUAUUUUAUUUUUUUGAUUCUGUCAUAUCGUUCAGUUUUCUUCAUCUGGGUGUCCAUGGAGAUCGACAGAGCAAUCAGAGAGAGCGACGAUCGAAGGCUCAAGACCAAGUACAACAACGCCAUCUAUGUCAUCAAGAGAGCUCUCUCUCUGUACUCUGUUGAAGAGGUUGCCUUCAGCUUUAAUGGAGGAAAGGAUUCAACAGUUUUGUUGCACUUACUAAGGGCUGGCUAUUUUUUGCAUAAAGGGGAAGAUACUUAUUCUAAUGGUGGUCUAACUGAUAACAAGUUCUCAUGUCCAAUCCGAACGAUAUAUUUUGAGACCUCUUCAGCUUUCCAUGAAAUCGAUUCAUUUACACAUGAAACAGCCGCUACCUAUGGCUUGCAAAUGGACAUUAUUCGCUUGGAUUUUAAGUCUGGUUUGGAGGUUUUGCUAAAGUCUAGACCAAUCAGAGCUAUUUUCCUUGGUGUCAGAAUUGGUGAUCCUACUGCGGUAGGCCAAGAACAGUUCUCCCCUAGUUCUCCUGGGUGGCCUCCUUUCAUGAGGGUGAAUCCAAUCUUAGAUUGGUCCUACAGAGAUGUAUGGGCCUUUCUAUUGACUUGCAAGGUUCGGUAUUGCAGUCUUUAUGAUCAGGGGUAUACUUCAAUUGGAAGUAUAUACGACACGGUUCCAAAUGCUUUACUGUGUAUCGACCGUUCUUCCAGUAGUAAAGAAAAAUUUAAACCUGCAUAUCUGCUUCCAGAUGGAAGAUUAGAAAGAGCAGGGAGAGUGAAAAGGUCUUCAGUUUGUGGGUCUUUCCCUUCUCUGAGCAAUGGCCUGAACAAUGUAGAUUUGCAUCAAAGCAGCACACCCACAGCUGCAGCCAUCGCAGUGGGGGAUGAGAUCCUGUCUGGCAGCAUUGAAGAUCAAUUGGGACCUUCGUUGUUUAGGAAUCUCCAUUCUAUUGGUUGGGCAGUUUCUCGAACAUCAGUUGUUCGCAAUGAUAUAGAUUCUGUAGCUGAAGAAGUUGAACGACAGAAGUCUAGUAAUGAUAUGGUAUUCAUAUAUGGAGGGGUGGGUCCAUUGCAUUCAGAUGUCACUUUAGCAGGUGUUGCAAAAGCUUUUGGAGUUCGUCUGGCUCCUGAUGAAGAAUUUGAGGAAUAUCUUAGGCAUCUUAUAGGGGAACAUUGCACUGGUGAUCGGAAUGAGAUGGCUCAACUGCCAGAGGGAAUCACUGAGUUGCUGCAUCAUGAAAAACUGCCUGUGCCUUUGAUCAAGUGUAGUAAUAUAAUUGUUCUUACGGCAACAAAUGUUGGUGAGCUGGAUGAGCAGUGGGAGUCUCUGAUUGAAUUGACAAGAUCUAAUGGCCUGCUAGUACUGAAGGAACCAUUUGAAUCAAAGUGCUUGACAACAAAUUUCUCAGAUGUAGAGAUUGCUCAACCUCUGUCGAAGCUAUGUGUGGAAUACCCAGAUAUUUACAUUGGGUGUUCUCGCAAAUCCAGAUAUGGGCCUCUCAUUGUUAGUCUUCGGGGCAAGGACAAAUCGAGGUUAGAGUCAGCAGCUGGAGCACUGUGCCGGAAGUUCCAAGCAGGGAAAUUCUCUGAGAUUUAAUUGAGUGGAAGAUGAUUCUAAUCUUUAAAUUGUUGCCUACAAAUUCGAAGCUUCAAAAGGCAUGCAGCUUAUUCAACAACUGCAAUGGCUGCUUAAAGUUCAGAAGUGUAUGGUGUACCCUCCCUCUCUAUCUGGGAGAGAGAACUGGAAUUGCAAUUGAAAAAGGGUAAGGGGAGGAGAGCCCAGAAAGGAAAAGAAAAAGAGAAAGGGAAAGGAAAAAUCCAAGAAAGAAAAGAGAAGAAGAUAGAUAUAAUGUUCCAUAUGCUGACAAAAAGCCAUUUAUUUAUAUGGUUGAAUGAUGAUUCAUGUUGUCAUCAAAUGAACAAAUUGAUGAAAAAAAGAAUAGUUCAAAUAUUUUGUAUUGUUCUUAAGCAGGAAGAAAGAAAUGGUCUUACUGCUCUCCUGUCUUCUGCUCUAUUAAAUGCUUCUUUGCCAA